AUGGUUCGUCGUUCACUCUCCUCCUUUCCAGCUUGGCUUGGCUUGCCCACCGAGCACGAUGAAGUCUUUGACCCCCAAGCCCGCUUCGUUACGAGCUACAUUCUACCUCCUUGGCUCUUAGCGUCCAUCCGCACCAUCUUCUUCCUCUACGCUCUCGUCACUCUCAUUUUGGACUUCGUUUUUGGAGGAGCGGAUCAAUUUGCUUACUUUACCGUCCUCUCCUACUCCGGCAUUACUUCUUGGUUUCUCAUUUCCGCUUUCCAAGGAUUCACAUAUACCCACUCUCUUGCACGAUGGCACAAGACCUUUACCUCUUCGGACCUGCCUACGAGUGACAAAGUACAAUAUCCUCAGAGCUGGCUCUCAAACAAGUUUCCUCGACCACUGCAGUUUGCUCACUUGCUGCUAUGGUCCACCGUAGCCACGUACCCGCUCAUCGUGACCAUCGUCUUUUGGUCCGCAUUGAGCGGCGGCGCACUGGACGGCCUACAGCGCGCUUGGCAGAACAUUUCGGUUCACGGUCUGAAUUUGGCUUUCGCCAUGAUUGACGUUAUCGUCAUCGGAAGAGGACCUAUGAUGCCCUGGUCGCACUUGCUUUUUGUAGUCUGCCUUCUCGCUCUCUACGUCGGCGUCGUGAGUACGAGAAGAAAGACCCUUCCCGCAAAUGAGAAGUUUCCGCUGCGGUAUCGAGCUGGUAGCGAGUAUUCACAUUGCAUCCACGUUCAUUGCGCGCUCUAGGCGUACAUUCACUACGCUGCGAGUGGGACCUACGUCUACGACUUUUUGGAUCCAGGCUUCGUCGGUGGUCAAGUAAGUAGAAGUCUGAUUUGCUAGUACGGUUGCUUACGACGCAGCGCUGAUGCCCCACACGACCUGGUUUGAACUUUCAAAGGGACCGCUAGCAGGCGUGAUCAUCGGCGUAGGAGUAGGCUGCUGUCUUUCCUUCCUCGUCGGCCAAUUCCUCAUAUGGUUACGGGAAUGGCUGGCCGCGUUGAUACAAAGAUCAGGAGGAUGGGGCUCGGCCAGACCAGUCGGAGUGCCCGACAAUGCCCUUGUUCCCACCAAAUUUGGUCCGGGUCCAGACGGCGAGGGCGGUCAGCGCAGCUCGUCGGCCGGACCUUGGAGGCAGCGAUGGCCUCCUGCCAUCUCGCACAGCGUCGACUCUGCAACGAGCACGACCCAGCCCCAUCUUGAUUGA